AUGUCUGAACAUCAGUUAGUUCUUUUGGAUGCAAUCGAAAAAGGACACACAUCGAUCGUUCUCAAACUUUUGCGAAAUCAUAUCAGUUUAGAUUUUGGAGACGCUUAUGGUCGAACACCAUUCAUGAUUGCAGCGAAGUAUGGUCGGAAUGAUAUUAUGAAACUCUUACUAGAACACCCACAAAGUAAAGAAGUGCGCGUAGAUCGUGGUGGAAAAAGUGCAUUGCACUAUGCAGCUGAAAGUUCGCAAUUGCCUAUUGUCAAAAUGUUAUCCAAACGCCAACCGGCGUCGUUGACGAUGCUUACGAAUAAAACCAAACUGACGCCACUUGAUUACGCACUCGGCGCGGACGAUGUUUAUCCAUCGUUGCACAAAUAUUCUGAAGGUGGAGAAGUUAGUGGUGGCGAUACUGAUGAUGAGGAUGACAAACCGAUGCCAGGAGCGUACGUGAAACCGAAAAAGAAAAAAGGAAGUGGAAAGAAGAAAGGUGGCAAAAAUAAACUAUUAUUCAUAAAUAUGACGGGGCGACUUCCAGCCUGCGUCAUCGAUAACGGUACGGGUUACACAAAAUUAGGUUAUGCUGGCAAUAAUGAACCACAUUUUAUCAUUCCAUCAGCUAUUGCUGUUCGUGAACGUCCUGGUGGCAGCCGCAUUGGUCAGUCAGGAGAAGAUUUAGAUUUUUUCAUUGGUGAUGAAGCAUUUGGUGCUAAAGGUUAUUCCGUGAAGUAUCCAAUUCGCCAUGGUAUCGUCGAAGAUUGGGAUCUCAUGGAAAAAUAUUGGGAACAUUGUUUAUUUAAAUACCUUCGAUGCGAUCCGGAGGAUCACUAUUUUCUUCUGACGGAACCGCCAUUGAACACGCCUGAGAACCGAGAGUAUACAGCAGAAAUCAUGUUUGAAUUAUUUAAUGUACCUGGCUUAUACAUUGCUUUGCAAGCUACUCUGGCAUUGUAUGCAUCAUGGAUUGCUAGUGAUGUGAAAAACAUGCUUACUGGUCUUGUUGUUGAUUCAGGCGAUGGUGUUACUCACGUCGUUCCCGUUGCUGAUGGUUAUCUUAUAGGCAGUAGCAUCAAACAUAUUCCAAUAUCUGGUCGUGAUAUAACUUACUUUGUUCAAUCAUUAUUGCGUGAAAGAGAACCAACUAUUCCACCUGAACAAUCUUUGGAAACAGCAAAAGCAAUCAAAGAACGAUACUGCUAUGUGUGUCCUGAUAUUGCAAAAGAAUUUUCUAAAUAUGAUGAAGAUCCACGAAAAAACUAUUUGCAAUAUACGGGUACCAAUUCUGUCACAAAAAAAACAUUUAAUGUUGAUGUUGGACAUGAACGUUUUCUUGGACCGGAAAUAUUCUUCAGUCCUGAAUUUUCCAAUCCAGAAUACAAUACAUCAUUAUCGAAAUUGAUUGAUGAUAUUAUACAAGAUUGUCCUGUAGACGUUCGCCGUAAACUCUAUGGUAAUAUUGUCUUGUCCGGUGGUAGCACAAUGUUCAAAGGUUUUGAUAAACGUUUAAAACGUGACGUACAACGAUUAGUAGAUGCUCGACUUCGCGAAUCGGAAGAACUGAGCAAACAUAAACCUGAACCAAUCGAUGUAAAAGUUGUUGCACAUGCAAUGCAACGCUAUGCCGUCUGGUUUGGUGGUAGUUUAGCUGCAAGCACGCCUAAUUUUUACGAAGUCUGUCAUACACGUAAAGAAUAUGAAGAAAAAGGUCCAAGCAUUUGUCGUUAUAAUGCCGUCUUCAAUCUUGUGUGA